AUGAGAUCAUGGUUACUAGGAACAAACGGAAUAUCAACUGCUCUGACGUUCGCUUGCUUCUACCUGGCGUCGUUCCCUAUGAUCCAAGAUCGACUGAGACAGGAACUACUCGCAACAUUUUCUGAAGCAGACGGAUUUUCUUAUAUGGACCCAAAGACGCUUGUCGAGCUACCGUACCUCAAUGCGGUUGUCGAAGAGUCACUGAGGCUUGGAGCACCUCUUGGGUCAUUUCCUCGAAUCACCCCGAAAGGCGGUGCGACUCUUACAGGAGUAUCUAUUCCCGAAGGCACCAUAGUUGGUGUACCUGUGUGGGCACAGAUGGUGUCAGAGGACAACUUCUAUCCCGAUCCGACAAGUUUUCGGCCGGAGAGAUGGCUCCCUGGAGGACUGGGUCCGGGGUCGCGUUUAAACAAGAUUGCUUUAAUGACAUUUUCUCAUGGUCCGUAUGGAUGUUUGGGCAAAACUCUUGCGUACCACGAGAUGAGACUCGUCAUAGCCAAGAUCAUACUACACUGCACGUUGAAACUUCCUGAAGACUUUGAUAGCUCUUUAUUCUUAGAAGGCGUGAGGAACCUAAGGGUCUCUAGCUUUAUGUAUCCGCUUCGUCUCCAGUUGACUUGA